GAUGAUAGCAUUGAUCAGAGAAUGUCUUCGUCUCGCGCCGGCCAUUCCAAUCGGCAUCAUUCGGGAGACGACACGCGACAUCAUCUUCCAGGGGCGGAGAAUCGAGGCGGGGACGUGGCUGCUCCCGAUGAAUGCCCUCAUCAACAAGGACCAGCGAAUGUACGGCAUCGAUGCGGAAGAGUUUCGGCCGAGUCGCUACUUCGAAUCGAUCGGGGCAGAUGGCAAAGGACUGAAUGGCAAGGGGACCCACAUCGGCCCAUUGACGGCCCAAGCGGGGUUCGGCUUUGGCAAGCGUGCUUGUCCAGGAGCAGACUUGGCCGAAAAAGUGAUCGCCGUGACAGCCUCGCGCUUGCUGUGGUGCUUCGAUAUCUCCUUUGAGGACCCGACAAUCCUCGAGCGCCAGUCGUUCUUCGAGGCCCUGAAUCCAGCCCGCGACUGCCAGGUCCGGACGAUGCGCCCGCCUCCCAUCUCUUUCACGCUGCGAAGUGGGAGAGAUAGACAGGCAUUGCUCGAGCAGCUUGCAGUAGCGUGAUCGGCCGUCAAGUGUCAAUAGAAUGCGUUCUCUCGAUGGUCAAUCCAAAGCGGUGUCUGGAUUGGUUCCCACGUCAAAGAAGUCGAUCGGGCUCUAAAUUCGGCUGUU